CGUGUCUUUCUUUAAGAGGAUACCCCCCAAAACUCUCCUCUUCUCUCUCUCCCCCCAGUAGAGUGGAAGACACAGACAACGAGAGGGAGAGACCAGAACAUGGUCGACAACAAUUUCAGCUCCAACAUCAUCAGCCCAUCAGACACCAAGUGCAGCAGCUUCACUGAAACAGCAGACUCCUCAGGUAUCAUCCGGGAACAAGAUCGGCUGCUCCCAAUAGCGAACGUGGGCCGAAUCAUGAAGCAGAUUCUUCCCCCAAAUGCGAAGAUCUCGAAAGAGGCCAAGGAGACGAUGCAAGAGUGCGUCUCCGAGUUCAUUAGCUUUGUCACCGGGGAGGCCUCCGACCGGUGCCAGAAAGAGAAGAGGAAGACGGUGAACGGUGAUGAUAUUUGUUGGGCCCUCAGGGCUCUAGGGUUUGACGACUAUGUUGAGCCCCUCAAGAGGUACUUGAAUCGGUAUAGGGAGUUCGAAGGUGAGAAGGCAGCGAGUAAUAGCCACAAUAAGGGCGGUUCUUCUUCAACUAAUAACAUUGAUAGCAACGAUGGGAUAAACUACAGUGGUGGCAGCAGUGGCCGUGUUUGUGAGAAUGAAGAUCAGGCCCCCAUGUUCUUGAAGUUCAAUGUCGGCGAGAGGAGCAACAGUGGAUCUCUCUCCCGGAGGUGUUGAAGGGGUUAAUUUUUCUUAUUGCCUAGAUGCUGCUAAAGAUGAUUUGGUGAAAUUAAGGAACUGCAAAUGGAAAGCUACCGUGAAGAAUCAAAGAUCAAGAUGGACCUCGGGCAACUAUACCGGAUAAUUCGCGUCCCUUGGAGAGAAGGUACCGGGGAAUCAAAAUAAAUAUCUAAUUGGCAACCCUUUUCUCUUAGCUUGUUAGUUCAUUUAAUUAGUCUUGAUUUGGUGCUUUACUAUUAAUUAACCAUAUACUCCCCAAUGAGGCUUACUUUUGUAAACAGGAUCUAUUGAUGUGUGGAUUUAGAAAUAUGUUUUCGCAGUUCA